GACUCUGCUCUUAUUAUAUCAUUAUGAAGUGUCUCUCCCCUGGAAGCAGGCACAGAGUGAUACCUCCACCCGACCCACGACCUCAACCUUCCCAUGAUUCCUCGCUUCAAGCGUGUGCUCCUCUAUGGUUGUUUCAAACAUGGAGGAGAGGGAAAGAGACGCAGCAGGGCCAGGCAGCACAGAGACAACCCCGCGAGGCUGCUCCGGUACCGCAGCAGCAGCGCCGGGGCAUGGGCCGGAGAAGGCCGGGACAUCCCGGGACGAUGAUGCAGAUAAAGUGGACGUGUGCUCGGAGAGGUUUGACCCUCUGCUCGCUCUCUACUCCCCCACCGUGUCACUUCCUUUCCCCAACGUCAAGUGUUUCAACAACGUGGCGGCCUACGAGAGCUUCCUGAAGGGCGGCCGGGGCAGAGCCAAGCCGGAGAACGUGGAGAAGAAGCGGCUGAAGGCGCUGAAGGGGGUGGCGGACCCGGAGCGCAUCGACAGGCUGAAGAAGCUGAUGGUGAACAACCCGCUGCCGGAGGCGGAGCAGGGGGAGAGCAGCGGCGGCGCCCCGCGGAGCAGGAAGAAGAACAAGCCGCAGAAAAAUGUCCUGACGAGGAUGCCCCUGUGUAAAGGCGGUCCUUUGGGUGAGCUGUACCGCUGCGUUGAGGAGAGGGUGAGGGUCAAAGUUCACAUCAGGACCUUUAAGGGACUGAGGGGAGUGUGCUCGGGCUUCAUCGUGGCCUUUGACAAGUUCUGGAACAUGGCAAUGGUAGAUGUGGAUGAGACUUACAGGGAGCCUCUGCUGGGAGAGGCAUUCUACCAUGAGAAAGCCCUCACCAUUACACGGCUCUUUGAGAAGCUGAAACUUCAGGAAAGCUCAGGAGGUGACGAUCCAGCAAAGAGACACAAAGCUCUGAGACAAGCUGUCGAGCAUCGGCCUGUGAAUCCUAAAGCUUCUCACCCCACCAGCAGGACAGAGUCCACCGUUAUAGACAAACAGGAUAAAGACAAAGCCUCACUAAAGGCCCCGGACCCAGGAGCCUGUAAGAAGAACGUCUCCCAGAAGUAUGGCCAAGUCCACACACGCCACAUCAACCAGCUCUUCAUCCGGGGGGAGAGCGUUAUCCUGGUGAACCCACAGCCUCUCUGACUUUUCUCUUCUGGACUUAACAUUCAAUCAACCAUGUUUGAAUUUCUGGCCCCGUACACACCUGGUAUUAACAUCAGUCCUGAGAGAUCCGAUCACAAGUGGCCAGCGCUAAGAACGUGUGUUCACACCUGGUAUUAAAAUCCGUCCUGAAUGUGUCUCCUGUGACUUGUCAUCGGAUGUCACCUCCCGAUCUACAUGCAAACGAACACGUAGGUCAUUUGUGUUAGCUUAGACUAAUUGAUGUUGUUUUGUCGGCACGAGCGAUUGAAAGAGAGGUAGAGAGACAAUCCUGGAGAGUCUGAAUGAAUCUUGUGCAGCUCUGAAGAAAGAUUUUUUUUUUUGUUGAAGAAAGUGAAACUGUAGGGGGGGUCACAGGACAUAUCAGACGGCCCAAGACGGAUUUGCGUUCACACUGUGAAAAGAAUGUGCACUGGAAUGUUCGGAUCGCCCUGGGUGUGUUCACACCUGUAUUUAGAGUCCACUUGGGAUCGGAUCACAAAAACCACAUGUUAAUACCAGGUGUGUACAGGGCCUGAGUUUCACUUCACACUGAACAUACUGAACAAUAGAUUUGUGACGAUAAAGUGCCAGAGAUGUGUCUAUAAUUUAAUUGGAUUCAGAAGAAUCCAGGAUUACUGUUAUAUCAUAUUGAUAUGAAGGUUUUUCUGCCUACUGGAGAAAACAUCUUGAUUUUGAGAAAUAAAAGCUACUCACUUCUAAUUAAA